GUCCUUUUUCCGUUCUCUUCGGUUCUCGCCGCUGUGAGUAUUUUGGGUAGCUGGGGAGGAGAAGCUAAAUCCGAGGUGCGGUCUCCAGCGCCGAGCGUCCGUCGCCAUGCCUCGGAAAAUUGAGGAAAUCAAGGACUUUCUGCUCACAGCCCGGCGGAAGGAUGCCAAAUCUGUCAAGAUCAAGAAGAACAAGGAUAAUGUGAAGUUCAAGGUUCGCUGCAGCAGGUACCUUUACACCCUGGUCAUCACAGACAAGGAGAAGGCUGAGAAGCUGAAACAGUCCCUGCCCCCUGGUUUGGCAGUGAAGGAGCUGAAAUGAACCAGACCUCUCUGUUUUGACCAUUAAAAACCCCUGGAAAGU